AUGGCGUUUGCUGUGUCCUUAUGCUCCAGAUCUCCAGCCAUCUCUCUUCCUGUGGCGAACGACAUGAAUAAAGGGGACACUAAGGUGAUGAAGUGCAUCGUAGAGGUCAUCUCUGAUACUUUAUCCAAGCCAAACCCCCUGCCAAUCAGUGAGGAAUGCCUAGAAACACUCAGAGGAGAUGAACGCAUCAUUUCUAUCCUUCGCCACCAAAACUUAUUGAAGGAACUUCAGGAAAUUGCUGCUCAAGGUGCCAGUGAGAGAACUCAGCAGCAGAAGAAAAACAGUGGCUUUGAAGAUGAACUUUCUGAAGUCCUUGAAAAUCAGCACAACAAGAACAAGCAGAGAGAUGCAGCAGGGGAGCACCCUGAGGACGAACAGCCCACAGGGUCCCUGGAUGAGUUGGCAGCACAGAAAACCCAGAAAAAUGAAGAUUCAAGAGAGGAGGGGAAAAACAGCCUGGAGGAGAGGGAGCCCAGGCCACGGGAUGCCAACCCUGGAGACAAGGAGGAUAAGGAGGAAGCAGAGAGCAACGAGAUCAGAGGUGCAGAGGAUGCCCAGCUAGAUGAAGCUUUGGACAAUCACAUCAGCAAAGACUCCAGUGAGGAGGAGCAGCAGCAGCAAGAGGAUGAAGAGGAGCAACCCAGAAGCCUCAGGGACAGGCUGGAACUCGACAAUGAGGGAGAGCAGCCAUCCAGGCAAGCCCAGGAGCAGAGCAAGGAGGCAGCAGGGGAGCAUGUGGAGCGGGAGGAUGAUGGAGGAGAUGAUGUUGUAGAGGAGGACCCCACCGAAGCAGAGAGGUCACUUGAUUUGCCUGAGGAAGAUGAAGAGGCUGAGGAGAUGCAAGAAGAGAAUAACGAUGAUGCUUUGGGAUUUGCCAAAGAUAGGCAGAGUUCUGAGGAGGAGGAGGAGGAAGAGGAAGAGCAGCCCCGGGCACUGAGAAGAGGAAGGCAUCACCUGGAGGAUGAGGGAAUGCAGGGUGAGGAGGAGGACACCUUCCAGUCCAGGGAUGCCAAAAGCGAGGAGACAGAGGAGGAGUCCUCCAGGGAGUGGGAAGACUCCAAGAGGUGGAACAAAAUGGAUGAGCUGGCCAAGCAGCUGACAUCAAAGAAGCGCAUGGAGGAAAAUGAUAGUGGGGAAGACCCAGACAGGUCCAUGAAGAUGGCAUUCCGGUCCCGCAAGUAUGACUUCAGUAGUCCAGAGGAAGAUGUGAGAAGGUCAUGGAAGCAUCACUCAAAGGAGGACAGCAGUGAAGGAGGCUUUCCACUUGCUCCCAUGCCUGAAGAAAAGAAGGAUGAGGAAGGCAGCGCUAAUAGGAGAACAGAGGACCAGGAGCUGGAGAGCCUGGCCGCCAUCGAGGCUGAGCUGGAGCGUGUUGCCCACAAGCUGCAUGAGCUGAGACGAGGCUGA